UUCAUUAUUCUUAUUUCACGGGUACCUUUCGUUCUCCUCCUGUCCCUUCUUUCGUGCGCAAACUUUACCUCUUCUUCUCUGUUUCUACUUCACCUUCAUCACUUUACCAUCUCCUACUUUCUUGGUAGCUUUAACACUACCCCAUUAAAGAAUGGCCUUGCAAACGGCAAGUCCUCCCAGUGCCCAAAUGGUUGGUAAUGCUUUCGUCGAGCAGUAUUACCAUAUCCUUUAUGAUUCUCCUGAGACAGUUUAUAAAUUUUAUCAUGAUUCAAGUGUGCUAAGCCGACCGGAUCCCAAUGGUGACAUGACAUCAGUGACAACCAUGGAAGGUAUAAAUGAGAAGAUUCUUUCCUUGGAUUUUAAGAACUCUAAGGCAGAGAUAAAAACUGCUGAUGCUCAGAACUCCCUUAGUGGUGGAGUAUCUGUGUUAGUAACUGGAUGCUUGACAGGCAAGGACAACUUGAGAAGAAAAUUUGUGCAAUCAUUCUUUCUUGCUCCACAAGACAAUGGCUACUUUGUUCUGAAUGAUAUUUUUAGGUAUGUAGAAGAUAGUGAAGUAUUGGAAAAGUAUCCAGUCAAUAAUGUUGGUGAUACCCCAGUGGUCCCGUCAUUCCCAGAUUCAGAGCCCAUUCAUCAUCCGGAUCCUCCUGCAUCAGAUCCAUUAACUUCUCGUUUGGAAGAGGAUCAAAGUGUUUCUGGAAAGAUCUAUGAACCUUCAGGUCACGAGAGACAAUCAGUGAAUGAUGAAGAGUCUAUUAUGAAAUCAGUGUCUCAUGCUGUUGAAGAGGACACUCCUGCCAUGGUUGAAUCGGUUUCUUCUUUAGCCCAAGAUGAUGCUCCUAAGAUAUCUUAUGCAUCAAUUGUGAAAGUCGCAAAAGGAGGGUCAGGGCCAACCAAAGUUUAUGUAGCUACUAAUACAGAAAAAUUGACUCCCAUGAAAACUGAGAAUCAAUCAAUUGGAUCAGCAUCACCUGCUUUACAGUCUGACACACCUGCUCCAGUUGAUACUGAUCUCCCUGAGACUAGCGAAGCUCAAGCGGAAGUUGAGGGUCACUCCAUUUACAUUCGAAAUUUGCCCUUACACACGAAAUAUUCUGAGCUUGAGGCAGAGUUCAAGAGAUUUGGACCAAUCAAGCAAAGAGGUAUUCAAGUUCGAAAUAGUAAGGGAUACUGUUUUGGUUUUGUUGAAUUUCUGUCUUCGACUUCUGUAGAUAAUGCAAUUCAGGCUUCACCUAUCAUUAUUGGAGGGCUAGAGGCUGUUGUUGAGAGAAAGAAAAACACUCGAGUCGGCAGUGGUAGAGGUAGGUAUCCUCCUGAAAGAGAGAAGUUUCGGAAUGACAACAUCAGGGGACGUGGAAAUUAUGGUGGUGGCCGAAGUUUUGGAAGAAAUCAAUAUGGAAACCGAGGAGAUUUCUCUGGUCAAGGUAGGGGUUCAUCAGGGCGAGUUGAAGGUUAUCAGCGAGGGAGAGGUUGGAGAGGUAACCGAUCAGGUGUACCGAGUCAGACAGGUGUAUCUGCAUUAAACUCUGAAGAAUGAAUUUUUGGUGGCAACUUUUUGACCUGGUUAGUUCUCAGCCCUUGAAAAGAAUUAGAAGGUAGUGUUCCAAUGAUUUAUAAAUUUUACAAGAAAGUAACUUCCAGACUAUGAGUUGCAGUGAUGUAGAGAUUAUAAGACAUUUCAUUAAUUUUAGGAUUUCUUUUCUAGGAUUGGAUUUAGGGCCCUUUUUUCUCCCAUAGGAUUACUCUGUAACUUUCAAGAAUCUAAACUCAUUCUCUAAGUUUAUUAAGUAAUUGUGAACUUGGGAGAAUGUUGAUAAUUGUAAGGUUUUUGGUAGCUGUAAUGGGAUGAGCCUAACAUCUCAAGAGAUGGACGGAAUUACUUUCUUGUAACUACUAUUUAAAUGGAUAGAAUUUUUUAUUGAUUUACCAAAAUUUCUUAGA